ACCAAUCAACACGAGGCGUUACGACUGCGCGCUGCACUCUCAGCCACUGAGAGCAGUCAAUGAAUAUUUAUGGCGAGGCUGCUCACUCACCAGCGCUCAAAGUUAGUGGAUUAGCAGUGGGAGGAUGACUGCGUGAUACAACAUCAGCACCUCGUUUGGAUUAAGAUCCAGCGUUUGCGCCAAUUGCCACUUGAAAUCAGCGGUGUGAAGGACAGUGGCGUCAAAAUUGCACUCCAGAAGCGGUAGCGGGUGAAAGACGUGCCCUGCACAUCACUUCAGAGACUUUGCUAUCUCUUUUGCCCCUUUUCUUCUAAGAUGCCAAGACUUCCAUCAACAGCAUCACCCUCAGACCACAUCCAAGCGGGCUGCUCGUUUGGAAGGACGCCCGACCGCAGCCGUUCUCAUCUGCAAGUUCAAUCCGAUCAAUUGUGACAAAGGCUGUCAGCGUCGGAAUAAGAAAUCGAUACUCAAGACGUUCUUCUGGAAUUUUAACGAUUUAUUUUCCUCAAGUGAAGCGCGCGUGGAGUGCUCGGGCUCCUCGCACUUUCAGAUGUUUGCAGUGUUGAUGGUGACAGAUUAUUGUUGUUGAGUGUCCAUGCGAGACUUGGGGUGGAAACAUGUCUGGCCACUUCUCUGAGAGGGUCGCUGCUAUCAGAGAUGGCAUUUUGGUCCAGCACUUCGGUUUUUACUUCUAAAGUGCCCCGGAAAAUCUUAUUCAUGUUCACCCUCUCCCUUUCUGUCACCUAUCUGUUCUAUAGCUUGAUGAGCUGUUACAACUCCUUCCAGUUCCAGGAGAACUACGUUUACCAGGGGAGGCUCGUGACAGAGGAGACAACUUUUGUCACGCUGAGGGAGAAACUUUACUCGACCCCUUCCCAGGGUUACCUCGACGAGGAGUUCAUCGAGAGGACUGCGACCGAGCAAACUAUCGCCGUCUCGAGCGUUAGAAAUAGCGCGGGGAUCGACGAGAGGACUGCGGGAUGGGCGCGAGCUCAGGCGGCUACGACCAGCAGCAGCAGCAGCAGCAGCAUGUCGCGCGCCGCCGCCGCUGUUGCUGGAGAGCACGAGCACCCGGAAUUCAGCACCACGGACAGCGAGCUUCGGAGAGUGGUGAACUGCACAUCGGAUUACGGGGAGAAAAAAUUGCCCCAAGCCAUCAUAAUCGGAGUGAAGAAAGGGGGUACAAGGGCUCUGCUGGAAGCUCUGCGGGUUCAUCCCGAUGUUCGAGCCGUUGGGAAUGAGCCUCACUUCUUUGACAGGAACUACGAGAAGGGACUGGAUUGGUACAGGGAGCUGAUGCCAUCUACUCUGGAGGGACAGAUCACAAUGGAGAAGACACCCAGCUACUUUGUGACAAACAGCGCACCGAAGCGCAUCCACACGAUGGCGAGGGACAUUAAACUAAUCAUAGUCGUCCGCAAUCCGGUGACCAGAGCCAUUUCGGACUAUACUCAGACGCUCUCCAAGAGGCCCGAGAUCCCUACCUUCGAAGUGCUGGCGUUCAAGAACCGAACGCUGGGCCUGAUCGACGCAUCGUGGAGCGCGUUACGAAUAGGGAUCUACGCACUUCACCUGGAGAGCUGGAUGCAGUAUUUCCCCCUCUCGCAGAUGCACUUUGUCAGCGGAGAGCGGCUUAUCGUUGAUCCGGCCGGCGAGAUGGCAAAGGUGCAGGAUUUCCUGGGACUCAAGCGCAUUGUUACCGACAAACAUUUCUAUUUUAAUAAAACCAAGGGAUUUCCAUGCUUGAAGAAGCCAGAGGACAGCAGUACCCCACGUUGCCUUGGCAAGUCCAAGGGUAGAACUCACCCCAAAAUAGACCCCGAUGUUAUUCGCAGACUGCACAAAUUCUACAAGCCCUUUAACAUGAUGUUCUACCAAAUGACAGGGCAAAACUUUCAGUGGGAACUGGAGGAGGAUGGCAAUUCGCCUGGCUCUCGGGACUGAAACCCCUGCUGCUCUCCGCACCACCAGCCUUCUCAUAGCCGUCCCCUCGAUCCGUGCUUCAACACAUCAAUCGAUCGUUGCCGUCUUUGCGAAAGUGUGUGUACCCAUAGCAAGAGUGCUAAUCUGCUCUGUCAACCCCCAAUACCAAUGGUGUUUAUGAUGGCAAAUGUUAUUGUAAAUAUUAUCCCGAACAUAAAUAUAUUUAUAUUUGUCAAGAGAAGAGGAUUUUAUUCAUUUCGUUCAGAAAGAGUUGCUAUUAUGAAUCAUGUCUUCUAUGAUGAUGCAUGCGAUGAGUUAAGUGUCCUUACCCACCAUCACCCUGAGGGUUUUGUUUUUUAAUCUCUCUCCCUCUCUCUCUCGCACACCAGCAGUGAGUGCCGUACAAAUUGAUAACCAAGGAUCUUUGUGGAUUCUGAAAACUAAAAACAACUACAAUCAAAUGCAGAUCUUAUUAAUACAGUAAUCCUAUCAAAUGAGAAUGUUUCAGCUUUUUCUGCCCAAGUUUAUGCAUACAAUUUUGUGGCUAAUAACAAUUCAUAUAGUUGGGUCCAAAAGCUUAUACUUCUAUAUGCAUAUUUUUAAUUAUAUCAUAUAUUACAGUAAAUAUUAUAGUAUGCAUUAUCAGAAUUUUUAAUUAAUUUUUAAAUCUUAAAACUGGUAAUUUCCAUUUUUAAUUAGAUCUCAGGCUUUUGGACUGUACUGUGUAUUUAAUAAAUUAGCUUGAAGAAAUGCAUAAUAUGCUGUGUUUCUUCAAUUUGAUCAAUUGUUCACUUUUUUCUGCUAUUCAAAAGUUUGGGAUUGUUAAGACUUUGUAUUGUUUUGGGGAAGAAUUGUCUUAUUCUCACGAAGGCUGCAUUUAUUUGAUUAUACAGUAGAAACAGUAACAUUGUGAAAAUGUUAUUAUUUUAA